AUGGACCCAACACGCCCAGAAAGCUUCAAUCACCGCAGCGAACGUCUUUCUACGGGUAGGACGUAUCACUUUGUCGAUCAAAUUCCGACGAAUUAUAUCCCCGGGUCUACGCCCACGUUACUUUGCCUCCAUGGAUUUCCUGACCUAUGGUAUGGCUGGAGAUACCAAAUUGGCCCUUGGACGCGCAAAGGAUACCGGACAGUCGUUCCAGACAUGUUGGGUUACGGUCAAACCGACAUGCCUUUCGACGCAACACAAUACUCUACAAAGAUGCUUUGCAAUGAUUUAGUUGCUUUGCUUGAUCUCUUGGGCGUCUCGAAAGCUAUCGUGGUUGGGCACGACUGGGGGUCAUAUACUGCUGGAAGAUUUGCGCUGUGGCAUCCGGAUAGAUUGUUGGCGCUAGUCAUGAUGUCUGUCCCUUACACCCCACCUUCCCUCAAUUAUAUGCCAGUGGAGGGUGUGGUCAGCCGCUACCAAGACUUUGGUUAUCAAGCAUAUUUUGCAACUCACAGUUCAACGGCAGACAUUGACCCCAAAGUCUCGUAUCUCCUCCAAAUUCUCUAUAGAAAGUCCGAUGGCGUUAUGCCCUGGACAAAGCCAGGUGAGAUGAAGAAUUUGCUGAUAAACGAGCGAGAGGUGACAGACUGUCUUCUCAACCAUAAGGAGCUCGAGUAUUAUGUGUCUCAGUUCAGUAGAGGGGUCCUUGGACCAUUGUCAUACUACCGGACUGCUAAAGUUCGUUACGAAGAAGAGAAAGGUGACAACUAG